AUGGCUAAUCCAACAUCUGGGAACUGGGAUGAUCCGGGUGUUUUGGAUUCUGUUCUCUUCGCAUCCGACGCUUUGAGCAACCUUUCCAGUGCCAUAUUCGGCCAGACUACUCCAGAUGAUAUGGAGAGGGCUGAAAUCGAUGAUCUUGUCACUGGAGUCGUACGAAACCCUGGAGUCCACACGUCUUCUCUAGAUUGUGAGCCUGUCAUUGACAACAUAUGCCUGGCAUCCGAUACUACGGCGGUCCUAGAUGGGGAUUUAGAUUUCCAGGCUUCUACUGCGACAAACUCAGGUUUAAUCAACUACUGGCUUAUCCAUGACAUCGCUCUUCAGAUGCCAGCGAAUACCAUCUUUAGGUCUUUGGAAGAAGUGCGAGAGAGCCAGCGCCAGGUCAUGAUGCUUCCCCAGGACAACACCAUUCCACAAUUCGCAAACCAUGAGGCAACCCUGGUUUCCAUCUUGGUCCAAGCAAUGGAGAGCACAGAUGAGGCCGAGGAUUCGCUGAAGGUGAUAAAAAAGUUUAAGAAGGAUCAAUACACUGAAGCUACCAUCGAGGCCGUUUGCUGGGAAAUUCUAGUUAGUGUACCCACUCCUUUUGUUCCCUUCCUCAUGAUUCUGAUCCUCACAUUCUCAUAUGCCAAACAGGGAGCAAUGAUCUAUCGACACAAGGGUGGCGGUCCGUUAACUGCGGAAGGUAAAGGGAAGCCAGUGGGGACAUUCCGCGAGCGAUUCGACAACAUGCACCGCGUCUUGAAGGCAAGUUCAGAGCGAAACACAACAAAAUUAUUAAUAUUUGAACUUUCUUGA